AUGGGAUCUGAAUUGGGGGUUACCGCUCAGUCAAAGGACGUGGUCACCUUAACUCCAGUGGCCAUCUGGUGGGCCUGCUGGGGUUGUGUGUGGACACUCUUCGUCGCCUUGGGUGUCGCCUACUUGAUCAAACAUCGCGACUCACCCACAGUUCGAAUCCGAGGUUUAGGCCUCACACUCUCUGCCAUUUUCUUUCUUCAUAUUUAUUUCUGGUCGGUCCAAUGGGGGGUUAUGAUAGGCACGCUCAUGCCGGGAGAUGCCAUGUACUGGAUCAUGGGUACCUGGUUGCCUAUCGGAAUAUCUCUUUUCUAUGCGUCCAACGGUCGUUUCCUUCAUAUCGCAAAGCUUCAGAAGAAAUACGCCUAUCCUUGCAAUCGUCUCUCUGUGCAGCCUGGCACAAAGCGUAAGGCGGGUUUAAUUGGUCGCUUUCAACGUCUUGAUUAUUCCACAAAGAGUCUCAUCGUUGUUGGUGUUGCAAUGUGCACCCAGAUCUUCCUUACUGUCUUAAUGUACCUUAUCUCUCGCAGAUUCCAUAGCACAUGGGGUAUACCUGGCACUGAGGUUCACGGUACCCCCAUGGAAGUUAAGUCGGCCCAGGGCAGAGGCUGGGAAUGGUGGCCCGGUGUUCUAUCGCAAGUCUUCUGGUGCUGGAUCGUCGCUCCUUGCAUUCUCUGGAAAGCCCGUGGUAUCAACGAUACCCAGGGCUGGCGAACUCAAACUAUCGCUUGUGCCAUCGCUGGUCUUCCCGCAACUCCACUGUGGCUCUGUGGUACCUACGUCGAUGCUAUGGCCUCCGUCAGCGCGGUCUGGCUUCCCCCUCAGUGGAUCUGUCUUUCUAUCAUUAUCAUGGAAGUCUUUACCAUAUUCCUUCCCUGCUGGGAGGUUAUGCACCGCCAAUCCCUUCGUCAGGAGACACUCGACGCGAUCGCACAAUGGGAGGCACGCAACGGGAUUGGCGGCGAAGUCAAGUCUCUCGGCUCCGGUCCCACCAUGGUCGAAUCCAUCCUGUCUGGCUGGAAGUCCACGAAAGACUCCGUGCGAUCCGACGCUUCCAACGAAAGUAUCCUGACAAUGGGUGCCCUCGAGUAUGUUCUCGAUCGCAAUCCCGCCCCUCUCCAGGAGUUUUCUGCUCUCCGCGAAUUCUCCGGAGAGAACAUCGCGUUCCUCACUGCUGUCGCCGAAUGGAAGAGCUCGCUGCCCGUGGCUCUCAAGGACAAGACCGCUCCUCGCGAUGAGAAAAUCCAAGAGCUUAUGCGUGAGCAUUUCAACCGUGCCUUGCACCUAUACGCCGAGUAUAUCAGCCCCAGUCACGCCGAAUUCCCCGUGAAUCUUGGCUUCCAAGUCUUGAAGAAGCCGGAACAGAUCUUCGAGAAACCCACUGCCCUUCUGUACGGCGAGCGCGAGGUUCCUGAGCCCGCCACUCCCUUCAGAGAAACAUUUAAUAUUGAUUCGCCUGUGACGCCUUUCACGGGUGACUCUGAUAAGGGAAACAAUGACUCGAUACAUGAGAUUAAGAACCUCGUUCAUUAUUGGGGUGAAAUUCCUGCAGAGUUUGAUGCCUCUGUUUUUGACGAGGCCGAGUCAAGUAUUAAAUACCUUGUUCUCACAAACACAUGGCCGAAGUUUAUCCGUGAUCAUCGGGCUUCUAUUGGCUCGUCUGGCUCAUCUACUACUUUGGAGGCUGGUGACAAUGUCGUUCGUCUACCUGAUGAGCGCUCCACCUAA